AUCGAACUCCCCGUCGACGGCGAGCGCACCAUCCGCCUGACCGGCGCCAACACCGCGCUCGUCGUGGUCGACAUGCAAAACUUUUUCCUCCACAAGGACCUGCGCGACCAUCCGACGGGGAUCGCAUGCGUUGACCCGCUGCUCGCCGUUGUCCCGGCUUUACGCAAGCACGGCGUCCGCAUCAUCUGGCUCAACUGGGGCCUCACCCCGCAGGAGCUGCAUACCCUACCGCCCUCUCUCGCCCGCCAAUUUUCGCGCUCUUCUCGCGGUGGCUUCGGCUCCCCUCUCCCCGACCCUUUCGGUCCCCUCCUCAUGCGCGGCUCAUAUAACGCCCAGCUUUACGGACCUCUCCAAGACCUCUACCUUGCCGGUCACACCGCCGGGACUGACGUCUGGAUACACAAGAACCGCAUCAGCGGCAUCUGGGGCUACCAGUCUGCGCUCGACCUCUACCUCAAGGAGAACGGCAUCCGGAGCCUGCUCUUCGCUGGCGUCAACGCCGAUCAGUGCGUGAUGGGCACCUUCUCCGACGCCUACUUCCGUGGCUACGACGUCGUCAUGCUCCAGGACGCGACCGCCACCACUUCUCCAGCAGGCGGCCUCGAAAACGUCCUCUACAAUGCGGGUAGCUAUGGCUUUGUUACAGAUACCAAGCGCGUCGUAGAAGCUCUCUAA